UGACAUGUUGACAACACUAAAUUGAUAACCUAACUUUACAAUCCUACAUUAUUUUUUAAAUAAUAAUUAAGUACAAAUAUACAAGCAACAUUAUCUAUAUGCCUUAAAUCGAAAUGAUAUUUGUGUCGUAGUAGUCUUUUAGUAUACUUUUUGUGUAGGGUUAAAUUAAUUUAGUUUUGUUUUAACAUUGUUAAAAAUUUUGAUCUUGUACCAUGGGUAUUUUAGAAAAGAUAUCUGAAAUUGAAAAAGAAAUAGCAAGAACACAGAAGAAUAAAGCAACUGAAUACCAUUUGGGUUUACUAAAAGCUAAAUUAGCUAAAUAUAGAUCCCAGUUACUUGAACCAUCUAAAAAAGGGGGCGAUAAGGGUGAGGGUUUUGAUGUGCUCAAAUCAGGUGAUGCCAGAGUUGCUCUUAUAGGAUUCCCAUCAGUUGGUAAGUCAACUCUUUUGUCCACGCUGACUCACACACAUUCAGAAGCUGCUAGUUAUGAGUUCACAACAUUGACAUGUAUUCCUGGGGUUAUUGAAUACCGGGGUGCAAACAUACAACUGCUCGAUUUGCCCGGUAUCAUAGAAGGUGCUGCUCAGGGCAAGGGUAGAGGGCGACAGGUGAUAGCAGUUGCUCGAACAGCUGACUUGGUGCUGAUGAUGUUAGAUGCGACCAAACCGUACGUGCAUCGACAGCUGUUGGAGCGAGAGCUGGAGAGUGUGGGCAUCAGACUGAAUAAGAAUAAGCCCAAUAUAUACUUUAAGAUUAAGAAAGGCGGCGGACUGUCCUUUAACUCAACGUGUCAACUCACUAAAGUAGAUGAAAAAAUGGUGCAGAUGAUACUGCAUGAAUAUAAAAUAUUCAAUGCUGAGGUACUAUUCCGUGAGGACUGCACUCCAGACGACCUGAUCGACGUGAUUCUCGGCAACCGUGUGUACUUGCCGUGCCUCUACGUGUAUAACAAAAUCGAUCAGAUCUCCAUACAGGAGGUCGACCGGAUAGCGCGCCAGCCGCACUCUGUGGUCGUCAGUUGUAACAUGAAGCUGAACUUGGACUUCCUUCUGGAGACGCUCUGGGAAUAUUUAUCUCUUAUCAGAGUCUACACUAAGAAGCCUGGACAACCUCCAGACUUCGACGACGGACUUAUUUUAAGAAGGGGCGUGUCAAUCGAGCACGUGUGCCACUCGAUCCACCGUUCGCUUGCGGCGCAGCUGAAGUACGCGUUGGUGUGGGGCACCAGCACCAAGUACUCGCCCCAGCGCGUGGGGCUGGCACACGCCGUGCACGACCAGGACGUUGUGCAGCUCAUCAAGAAGUAGUCGUUUACACGGCGACACGAACGAUACCGGAUACCUUUACUUUAUAAUAUUUUAAUUUGUAAUUGGAAAGACAACCAGCAACUAGAUCUCCUGAUGGUGAGUGUUUACCAACGUCCGUAGACAUUAUUGGCACCGGGAAAUAUUAACUAUUCGUUACACGACCAAUACGACCUAAUGUAGGCUCUAAAAUGUUAUGUCUGAUAUGUCUCUAUGUACUCAGUUACUUUAUUUGUUAAUGAUGAGUCAGUCAGUUCACUCACAAAAGUGGGUACCAAGCUCGAUGAAGUUACACAAAGACCAGAUAAAACUGAUGAUAAACAUUUUAAAAAUUACACUUUUUAUUCACUAUACCAAUUGAAGCUUUAUUAUUUUAUUACGUUCUUCAAAUACACCUCUAUUUUUUAAAUAUAAGAAUGAUUAAUGUCAUUUUAAUGUUUUGGUAACCCUGUUUCAUCUGUUUGACAUGACAUAUGUAUGUAAGCACUUGUUGUAUAUCAAAGUGCUUGUUUAAAAAUAAGACUACAGCGAAGUAAAAUUCAUCAUUGUAAAUUAUUUUGUUUAUAUCGUGAGUAGAAAUUGAUUUGAUACAAAUAUUACAAAGUAUAUGUAAUAAUAUUAUGUAUUACUUUUUGUGUAAUCUAUUUUAAAAUUAUUAAAAAAGGGUAUAACAAACGUCCCCUAAUCUUUAAUAAUGAUGUCUGAGCCUACCAGGUCGUGAUUAUUAUUGUUUUAUUUCGCAUUUAGAAAAACUUAACUAUAGCAAUAACGUUUUAAAGAAUAAUGUAAUAGAAAAUAAAUGCAAGCAAUAUUUUGUUCAUUUCUGUUUCAACUGGCAAUUUGUUUCUUAAUAUCAGGGUGUAAACCUCAUAUUUUUGUUAUUUUUUGCAUGCUUAUAAAUAUAUAUUUCAGCUAUUCUGUAAUUUGUAAUCGAAUCAACAUUAAAUGGGUAAGUUGCGUGUAUUAUCCACAUGUAUACCGAAUUACUACCGCAACUUGAUGGCAGGGGCGGAUUUCCCUAUGGGCCAACCAAGCCCAGGCGUAGGAUGGCAAUCAAUCUCAAGAAGGGAGUCAAUGUCAAUGUUUAAAAACACAAAAAUGUGUUCAGAAUUAAAAGAUUCAAUUCUAAAGAAAGAGAAAUCAACUUUUCAUAGUCUUACAGCAGCCAAGGUAUUAAGUCUGCCCCUGUAAAUGGACAGUAUAUUCUAAUACAUUUAGUAAAUAAUACUUCAAUAGAAUGGUUAACAUGUGUGUGUAAGCGCAAUGUAUAUUUUUUUUUAAAUGUAUAAAGUCAUGAUGUCUUUAUACAUGUGUAUUUUAAAACUCCUGUUAACCUAAUCACAAUUGAUAUAUACACGAACUGUUGCAAUAAAAUUAUUUAUUAAAUUUU